CUCCUGCAACUGCCAACAGUGACUACAGUUGAAACUCUUACACGAGCUACAAAGAGCUCUUCGUGAUGACAGACGACUAUGUGUGGUUUGAAGGGAUACCUUUCCCAUUCACAGGUUACACACCUGAACUCUUGAGAGACGUGUGGGAGAAUUUUGUGUUUAAAGAUGAAGACGUCAUAUUGCUGACUUACCCCAAAUCAGGAACGAACUGGUUGAUUGAAACAGUCUGCCUGAUUCACACCAAAGGGGAUACCAAGUGGAUCCAAUCUGUGCCCAUAUGGGAACGCUCACCCUGGGUAGAGAAUGUCACUGGAUAUGAUGUAAUAAAGGAUAAGGAAGGCCCACAACUCAUCAGUUCCCAUCUCCCCAUCCAACUCUUCCCCAAGUCUUUCUUCAGUUCCAAGGCCAAGUUGAUUUAUCUCAUCAGGAAUCCCAAAGAUACUUUGGUGUCUGGUUACUUUUUCUGGCGUACUACAACAUUUGUUAAGAAGCCAAAGUCACUGGAACAAUAUUUUGAAUGGUUCAUGCAAGGAAAUGUGAUAUACGGAUCAUGGUUUGACCACAUUCGUGGCUGGAUGUCCAUGAGAGAGAAGGAGAACUUCCUGAUACUGAGUUACGAAGAGAUGAAACGGGACACGAGAAGCACUGUGGAGAAGAUCUGCCAAUUCCUGGGCAAGAAACUAGAGCCGGAAGAACUAGACUCCGUCCUCAAGAACAGCUCCUUCCAGGCCAUGAAGGAGAACAAAAUGUCCAAUUUUUCCCUCCUGAGGGGUUCGCAUUUAACAGAGAAUGCAAGUCUUUUGAGAAAAGGCAUUUCUGGGGACUGGAAAAAUUACUUCACAGUGGCCCAAGCUGAAGCCUUUGAUAAAGCAUUCCAGGAGAAAUUGGGAGAUCUUCCUCCAGAGCUGUUCCCAUGGAAAUAACGUUCAAAAGCUUCUGGAUCUUACAUGCAUAUUGAUCUUUGUUCUCCUGUCCAUGUACAUGUGAAUGAGUGGGGAUAAUUGCAUAAAACUUGUUAUUUCAUCCUGGAGCCUUGAAUUAUCAAAUCUCUGCAUCCUUGAUGACUUGACUGUUAAAAGUUAAUAGGAUACCCCUAAAAAAAAUUACCAGGGUACCCCUAAUUCACUUUGUGGCAUCCCAGAUUUUUUUAAAUGUUUAUGUUUCAUAUAUACAGAAUGAUACAGAAAUAACAUAAGUAUUGCCAAAAAUUAUGUCAAUAUUUUUAUUAAAAUGAGAAAUAAAAUUAUGGAGCAGUGGAGGCGGCUUCUCUUUCCA